CAACCGGGACUUGAACCAGCAACCUUCUUGCUGUGAGGUAACAGUGCUAACCAGUGAGCCAUCGUGUUACAUAGGACGCUAAGAUAUUUGUGUAUAUUCAUUAGAUUAGUCAAAAACACAUUUUGGAACUAGUCUAACACAAUAGUUUAAGACUACGGUACAAAACUUUGCACACCCGCAAUAAAUGUGUAAAACAUAUGGAUUUAAUUUGAUAAACACAUGUUUCAGAUGACUGUAUAAUUAUGAAUAUGUAUUUAUGACUCAUAUGCUUUACAUUAUAUGUUUAGAGUUGUGAAUCCAGCAGUCAGAGUACACACAUCCUAUUUACUAAACCCAGAUCUUCUUACCAUCAUAAUGGAAAAUCAAUUUGCCUGAGUGCCUGAGUGAGUUGCUGUCGUGCGUUUGUUGCAGUCAUGCAUACAACGACUGUUCUGAAGCGCCUUUGUAUUUUGCUGGAAUAAACGUCUCUGAUUAUUGGGUGAAAUUUUAAAAGGGAGUGAAAGUGAUUUGAGUAAGUUUGGGUUUUCUUCUGGAAUUGAAUCAUCAGGAUGAGUCCUGUCCUCUUGCUGUCUUUGUUACUGUCAGUUAUUCCACUGGCUGAAUUAGUCCCGGAAAAACCAAAGAGAUCUGCUCUAAACCAACUCACCCGGUUACUGCUUCGCAAAUACAACUGUGGAGUUCGGCCUGUCCAGAACUGGACUAAACCCACUACAAUUUACAUUGACCUUAUCAUCCAGGCUGUCCUGGAUGUGGACGGACAGACUCAAAAAGUGACCACCAGCAUCUGGUAUCGCCAAAUAUGGAACGAUGAGUUUCUUGUUUGGGAUCCUGACGAGUUUGAUGGAAUCACUGAAAUAUCGCUGUCCUCGGAUGCCAUCUGGGUGCCUGAUCUCAUCAUAAGUGAAUUUGUUGAUGUUGGCAAAUCCCCAGUCAUCCCAUAUGUUUAUGUCAACUGCUCAGGAAAAGUAAAAAACUACAAACCCAUCCAGGUGGUCUCAGCCUGUCACCUGGAGAUUUACGCCUUUCCUUUUGACAAGCAGAACUGCACUCUGACCUUUCGCAGCUGGCUCCAUUCAGUGAGCGAAGUGGAUUUGGCUCUAUGGAGGCCUGCUGAGGAAAUCGCCAACGACACCAGAGAGUUCAUGAAUGAUGGAGAAUGGGAGCUGCUCGGCGUCCCUUCACGCUACUGGACAUUGAAUCUAGAGGACAGAGACUACGCACAGAUUCAGUUUAAUGUGCUGAUCCGCCGGCGCCCCCUGCUGUACGUGGUAGGUUUACUGAUCCCGAGCAUCUUCCUCAUGGUGGUGGAUGUCAUCAGCUUCUAUCUGCCUCCAAACAGCGGGACUCGCAUCACUUUCAAGACCAGCAUUCUCCUGGGUUACACUGUAAUCAGAGUCAACCUGAUGGAUGAAAUCCCAGCUACAGCCAUUAAAACACCUCUCAUUGGGGUCUUCUUUGCCAUCUGCAUGGCGCUGUUGCUGCUGAGUUUGGCCAUGUCCAUUUUUGUGGUGAAGCUGUUGCAUUAUAGUGAGAAGGAAGUGAAGGAGAUGUCCAUGUCUGCUUGCCUACUGGAUAAAUAUGGCUCAAUGGACCAGAGCCUUGAGAGCACAUUCACUUCCAUGAAGACGCUGGAUGAUGUGGACCAAUCAGGGGGAUAG